AUGGAAAACCCAGUAUUAUUACCAUCUGGUAUCCAUUUUCGUAAUUAUUGUCUAGAUGACAAUAAUGAAAAGCGUGUACAAACAUUUCUUGAUACUCUGUUUGAUCCACAUCAAUCACUUUCAAUAACAAUAGAAAAACAUUUAACAACAAUUAAAUCAUAUAUAAGCGGUGGACAACCAUUUGAAGAGUUUUGUAAAGAAGUACGUAAAUAUAAUGGCAGUGUAUUAUGUGGUUUUGUAUGGACUAAUACAACCAUAAGUUAUCGUUGUCGAACAUGUGCAACAAAUCCAUGCAUGAGUCUAUGUCCUGAUUGUUUUCAUAAUGGAAAUCAUUAUGGACAUGAUGCAAAUAUGUUUCGAAGUGUUGGUGGUGGCAUAUGUGAUUGUGGUGAUAUAACUGUAAUGAAUUCAAAUAGUUUUUGUAAACAUCAUGGAUCUAAUCGAAUUCCCAAUGCACAUAUACCAUAUAAACUGAUUCGAUGUACUCAAAUACUGUUACCAAGAUUAAUUCUUCGGUUUGUUCAACAUUUACGAAGUCAUGCAUCACCUACUAAGGCUAAUACGUAUUCAACUAUUGAAGAAUUUACUUUAUUAACAUCUCUGUUUGAUCUAUUUGAUGAUUUAUGUAAUGCUGGCUCAUGCAUUCGUACGAUUUUUACUGAUUGUUUACUUAAUAUAGAAUUAUACGAAAAAUUCAAUACUCAAUCAUUAAUUGAUGAUCUUCCAAAUAUCUCGUAUGAUGUUUAUUUACAACAAUUAAAUGAAACAUCUAGUUUACUCAUGCCAAUAUCCUUACGCACGGAUAAUUCAUCAGUUUAUUUUCAUAUUAAAAAAGCAACAUGUCUUCUUGAUGAAAUACUUUUUUGGCUGGUUAAAUAUCAAAUUCCUGAACGAUUAUUAAAAUCCUUACUCAUGUUAUUAACUGACUUGAAUUUCAAAAGUUUAUGUAUUCGAUCAUUUCUAAAUAUCUAUGGGAUGAUAAUUGAUCGAUUAAUUCAUUGUCAAAAUUCUCGUGAAAGAAUGAAUAGUUCUCGACUUGUACAUAUGAGUGUACAGUUAUUUUCUAAUAGCAAUAUAACAGUUCAAGCUAUAAAAGAGUAUCAUUUGAUGGAACUAAUACUUUCAUCUCUUUAUUCAAUAUUUGCUAAUAUACAAAUCAAUUGUCAAUUACAAAAACCAAAAGAAAAUUAUCAUUUAGUAAUAUAUGAAAUGGAUUUUUCAAAAAAUAUGCAUUAUUGGCCUAUAAUUUCGGAUUUUAUUAAUAUAUUGUCACAUGAAUAUGCCAGUAGAGAAUUCUUAUUAGAGAAAAGAUUUUUUAUAACUUGGAUUAAAAUAAUUAGUUGGUUUCAAGGUAUGAAUGUUAAUCAUCAUGAAAUUGAAUCAGAAAUUUUAUUACAAUCAAAUACGAAUUAUCUAUUUGCUUUUACGAUGGAAACUGAAUGUUGUGCUAUGGUUGUAUGGACAAUUGUUGCUCAUAUUAUGAAGCCAAUUAUAAGAAAUCAAGUAACAUUUCAUCUACCUUUACAUCGUUAUAUAUCUAUUUUAAAUUAUGUAUCACUUAAUUAUCAAAAUGGCGAAUUAAGAACUUUAUUUCCAAUUGAAAAUGAAAUAUUUUUACUUAAUCUUGCAAUAUUUCCGUUACGAAUUCAAGUUGUUAAAUAUGAAAUUCUAACAAAUAUAAUAUGGUCAUAUUAUAGUUAUGAAAUGCAAAUACAAUCUGAUAUGUAUUUUAGUACUCGCGGAAAUAUCUGUUCCUAUAUGAAUGAUGCAGAUAUUUUUCUAUUACAAUUGAUAUCGACUUUAGUCAAUGUUAAUACAUUUAUGGAAAUGUUUUUUAAAAGCUUUUACGUACAUGAAUGGCUUGUUCAAAAUACAGAAAAUAAUCUAAUUUUUGAAAAAUCAAGUUAUAUAACUCUACUUGAAGGUAGUCUUAUAGUUUUAGCUACUAUCGUUGCAUUUUCACCACAUCUUGACGAUUUUGAACGUCGCCGAGCUGAAAUAAUUAAUGCAUUAGCAAUACAAGAUUGUCAUUAUUCCUAUUUAGAUGAACAUAUAGGUGAACCUAAAGGUUUUUCAACAGCUAAGCAUGACAUACAACGCAUUGUCGACGAUGUUGCUGAAUACAUUCCACCAACAAUCGAUAUAACAAAUCAGCCAAAACAAGGACAAUAUAAAUUAAAAGAUGAAUUUGAUCCAUUACAUGUUUUAUCAAGAAUAAGUCGAAGAGAUUUAUUUGAAACAACAAUGCAAAGAUAUACUCAAUGGGUGAUAUCAAUGAAUAAAUUUUCAUAUGAGACAAAUCUUUGGCCACCAUAUCGAUUACAUAAACCAAAAGAUCAAUUUCAAACAAAUCUAAGAUGUAUUCUUCAAAGUCGAUAUUUACAUGGAAUGAUGAAUGAAACAAUUAUUCAAGAAGAUAUUCUAUCAUUAUUAGUCUAUCUAUGUGAAUUAGCUGUUGAUGAUCAAAUUCGUCGAUUAAAAUAUGGUGAAUUUCUUAAUGGUUAUGUUCCAUCAACUAUUGAAUCACCUCAAUGUCAUAAUAAUUUAGGAAUUGAUCAUUCAGUUUCAUUAGAAACAUUGACGUCAUUAGAGGAUGAAAAUAUUGAUGAAUAUCAACAACAAGAACAACCAAUAGAAUUACCUGAAACAGAACUCACUUCAAUUGGAGUUAAUAUUGAUGUAGAUGAUGAGAAUGUUCGUAGUAUAAUCAAUACAAAAGAACUGUCAAAUCUAAUUCAUAUACCAUGCAGUAAUUCAAAAAUAAGUUCAUGUCAAAAAAAUGACAAACGAGAAUGUUUAAAUGAAGUUGAACAAUGUUAUACUCGUUGUGCAAUCAAAUUUAACCAAAUUUCUGAACAUGAACAAAAAAUUCAAAAACAAUGGGAUAAACUUAUUAUGACAAAAGACUCAUCUAUACGUGAUCAAAUGUAA